AUGGAUCUUACAGCCAAACAUGGACAGGUCCUGCUGGAGCAGUUGAGGAGGAUGAGGGAGUCUGAGCAUCUGACGGAUGUGGUGCUGGUUGCUGAAGGCAUCAGUUUCCCCUGUCACAGAGUUGUGCUCUCCGCCUUCAGCCCUUACUUCCGUGUUAUGUUCACGUGCGGCCUUCGUGAGUGCAACAACAGAGAAAUAUUCCUGCGUGACACCCCCGCAGACAGCCUGGCUCUUCUCCUGAACUACAUGUACUGCUCCGACCUUCCUCUAACUAACUUCAAUGUUCAAGGCAUCUCCAUUGCAGCUUUUCUCCUGCAGAUGGAGGACGUCUUCACCCGCUGCCAGCAGCACAUGACUGACAACAUGGAUGCCUCCAACUGCCUCGGUGUCUUUUAUUUUGCCCGCGACCUCGGUGCAGAGGAACUGGCCGACCAGGCUCAACGCUUCCUGAGGCAGUACUUUGUCCAGGUCUGCCAGAAUGAGGAGGUCCUGGAGCUGGAGGCUCAUCAGCUGGGGAACCUCCUGAGCUCUGAUGACCUUAACAUUUCUAGAGAAGAGACCAUCCUGGACGUGGUCCUUCACUGGGUUAAACACAGCACACUGACAGAUAGAGAGGUUCGUAGUUGGCACCUUCCAGAGCUUCUGAGGAAGGUUCGCUUACCCCUGAUAAGUCCUGACUAUCUAAGGGAGGCGUUGAAGAGAAACAUGGCCCUACUGGCUGAUGCUGAAUGUCUACAGAUUGUGAACGAAGCCUUGGAGGUCACAGCGAUGCAUCCCUCAGCUGCACCGCGUAAACUGAAGCUGCGGUACGGCAUGGAGACUACAGACCUGCUGCUCUGUGUCGGUAAUGACGGUGGUGGGAUUCGGUCAAGAUAUGGCAACUAUGCUGAGCGCAGCUUUUGCUAUGCCCCAUCCACGGGCCGAACCUACUACAUCACCUCCCCUCGCUAUGGAGAGGCUCUGGGGUACGUGUGCGCUGGGGUUGUAACUAAAGGAAAUGACAUUAUCGUGGCCGGGGAGGUAGGUGUUCGCAGGAUGGCCCGGCAGAAGGUCAUGAAUGUUGAAAUCUACAGGUACAAAGUCGAAGCCCAAGGAAGCUGGGAGCGCCUGACAUCAGCAGAGUACCGUGAUUCCUAUGCCCUGGGGUCCCUGGAUGACACGCUGUACUUGGUGGGGGGGCAGAUGAGGCUGAAGAACCAGUUUCUCAUCACCAACUGUGUGGAGCGGUGGUCCCUGCAGGGCGGACCCUGGCGGAGCGCAGCACCACUGCCUCUGCCUCUGGCCUUUCACAGCCUGGUCAGGAUGAAAGAUCGCCUUUAUGUGAUAGGUGGUCGGAGCCCACAGUCAUACCGGACGGAUGAUGAGCCGGACCGUCUCAGUAACCGUCUUCUGGAGUAUGACCCAAUCACAAACAAGUGGACAGAACUGGCUCCCAUGAGAUACUCCAAGUACCGCUGCAGUGCUGUGGAGCUCAACGGUGACAUUUUUGUGAUGGGAGGCAUUGGCUGUGAAGGUGUGGACCGUGGCCAAUCACGCCACUGCCUUGAUGCUGUGGAGAUCUACAACGCAGAUGGAGAUAAUUGGAGAGAAGGACCCCCUCUCCCAUGUGCACAACUCUCCCUGCGCACCAAUGCCUGCAAUGCAGGAGUGGUGGGAGGCAAGAUUUAUGUGUGUGGAUUUUACAAAGGAGCAGAUCGUCACGAUGAUAUAACAAAGGAAAUUUUGGAGCUGAACCCAUGUGAAAAACGCUGGAGUGUGGUGGCUCGGCAAGUGCUGAUGCACGACAACUAUGACGUCUGCCUGGUGGCAAAUCUCAACCCAAGGGGACUCAUGUCCCCUUCUGCAGACUUAGUGAAACUGUGA